CGCCAUAGCAUUCUUCACCGAACCGACGACAUGGCGGACGCCAGGGACACAGCCGCCACCAGCACCGACGACCACCACAACGGCGGCCGCGCUGCAGCCGCGCUGCCUGUGGAGAAAGGCGGCACGACCAUAUCCAUCACCAUCGUCCUCCUCGCGCUGCUCGUGGCCUCCGUCGCGGCGUUCCUGAUGUCGUCACCAUCGUCCCGGAUGGAGGCACCGGACGUGAGGGGUGGCAGCCGCUCGGGCGCCGAGCCGGUGGAGCAGGCCGUCGGCCAUGGCGGCACUCCUGGGUUCAACAGCCGGCUGGACGCGUUCCGCACGUGGGCGAAGCUGACGUGGAUGAAGCUUCAACGGCCGCGCUCCGACGAUCCUCGGUAUGAUGCUGGUGGAAAUGGGAUCGCCGGCUCGGCAGCGGAGGCGACGAAGAAGAGCCUGGAGAUGGGCAAAGAGACGGCGGAGCAGGCGGCGGCAACCGCCGCAGGGGUAGCCAAGGACACGGUGAAGGGGGUGGCCGCGCCCAACUCCGAUGCAGAGCUUUGAACAGAGGUUUUACUGCAUGCCGCCGUGUUCUGUUAGUUUUGCCCGUGUAAAUGUGUACUCUACCGUAGUUGUUUGUAUUAUGCUGGGCAUUCUGGGUCCCCGUCUUUUUUUCUUGUAAAUUUGUAAUGACUCCCGGUGCCUGAGCACCCCGCACUCCACUCAUCACCCGCGCUGAAGUUCCACGUGUAUAUUGUACGACAGAAAGUGAAGAGAGAAAUGUGUUAUGCGGCAUAAUCACAAUA